AUGGCAAGGACGCUAGAGGAGCAGAAAACGCGGUUGCAGGUGGAAGUGCAGCUCCAGGACUCCAAGGCUCAGCUUCUGGUUCAGCUCCAGGAGCAAAGGGACGAAGUCCAGCAGCGGUGCUUAUUGCAGAUUGAGGAAUCAAAGCAUCAAGAACGUCGUCUGCUGCUUACACGACGAGAGACCAGCAGCCUUCGUCAGAACUUGGAAAAGCAAAGGGACGAGAUCAAAGAGCUCCAGACGAUUCAUGAGAAUCUCGAGACGAAAGAAGGAGAGACAUCGGCGGUCUACAGGGAGCAGAUAGAGCAGAUACAGCACCACGAGAAGUUGAUUGCUGAUACGCAAGUGAAACAGCAGACGAUCAUCGACGAACUAUCACGCAAGCUGCAAGCACUACAGAACGAGCUAGACCACCAGCGGUCCCAAACUGUCACCGUCAUUGACAACCUCGAUGGAAAGGAGAAGGAGCUGAAUAGAGCGAUUGAAGAUCUCGAGCGAAGACAGAAGGAAGUUGUGAAACAGGUCGGAGACACUGAGGCAUCAUCGGACGAACUUGAACAGAAGCUGAAGGAGACAAAACUUCGACACCUCAAAGAAGCAAAAGACCUGGAGAGCAAACUGAAGAGUAGAAAGUCGGACUUGAACUCUGCUUCUGAAGAGAGCCAGAGGGUGGAGGCUCAAUUGUACGCGGCGACCCAAGAAAGAGAUGAAAAGCGACGGUGA